GACACGGCCGCUUUCAAGUCUCUCUCUCUCCGUCUCUCUCUCCUCCUCCUCCUCCACCUCCCUCCCCUCCGCUUCCUACCUGAUUCAGAUCCGCUCCGACGCUAUGCGUAUGACCGCGUCUCUCUCUGCAAGGCGAGCACCACCGGAGAGACCCGCACGCUGCUGCUGCUACUGCCGCCGCCACCGCCACUACCACCGCCGCUCCUCCUCCUCCUCCUCCCGCUCCUUCUGCUGCUACUGACCCGCCGGCGAGCACCGAACGCCGGCUUGACGAGCGACCCAGGCCCGGGCAACAAGCAGCAGGGAAGGGAAGACCCCACCAUCGCUUGUACCGGGAGAGGGAGACGUCCACGGGGGGAAAGAGUUGCACCACACCGGAUAGAGAGAUCGGCAAAAGAGGGGCGAGUUGUGGUGGCGUCUGCCGGAGCCUGCUGUCCCAUCCGUCAUCGUCUCGGCCAAGCUCUCGCCUCGCCAAAUUUUCCUCUUUUAUACACACAACUCCUCCUCCACCACCUCCUUCUUCGUCUUCUUUCACCUGCCAAACUCUAACAUCCACUCUUACACGAGUGUCCUCGCUCCAUCUUCGUCAUGGCUUCCAAACUGAACCCCAACGUCCUGUACGUGGCCGAGCACGGCGAGCCGCUCGGGUCGCCCCAGGCGGACUCCGAAAGGACUCAUAUCGCCGGAGAAGCUGGAGAAGAGUCGUCGGACAGCGACGGGGAACAAGAAGAGACAUCACACAAGUUGAUCCGCAAAGUCUCGACCUCGGGACAGAUAAGGGCCAAGAAAAGUGUGAAGGAAGGAAUCCUGUUAAAGCAGACCAGUUCUUUCCAGAGAUGGAAGAGGAGGUACUUCAAACUCAGAGGGAGGACACUCUACUAUGCCAAAGACUGCAAGUCUCUGAUUUUUGAUGAAGUGGACCUAUCGGACGCCAGUGUGGCCGAGACGAGCACCAAGAACAUCAACAACAGCUUCACGGUCAUCACUCCGUUCCGCAAACUAAUGUUGUGCGCCGAGAGCAGGAAGGAAAUGGAGGACUGGAUCAGCGCGCUCAAAUCCGUCCAGAAAUGGGAAACCUACGAGGCCAGCCAGUUCAACAUGGAGCAUUUCUCCGGGAUGCACAACUGGUACGCCUGCUCGCACGCCAGACCGACCUUCUGCAACGUCUGCAGAGAAGCUCUGCCAGGCGUCACCUCCCACGGCCUGUCCUGUGAAGUUUGUAAGUUCAAGGCUCAUAAGCGCUGUGCAGUCCGCUCCACCAACAACUGCAAAUGGACCACGCUGGCCUCCAUAGGAAACGACAUCAUCGAGGACGAGGAAGGGGUGUUCAUGCCUCACCAGUGGCUGGAAGGAAACCUGCCGGUCAGUGCCAAAUGCGUGGUGUGCGACAAGAACUGUGGCAGCGUGCGUCGGCUGCAGGACUGGCGCUGCCUCUGGUGCAAGGCCAUCGUCCACAGCAGCUGUAAAGAACAAAUGGGGAAGGUGUGUCCCUUGGGUCAAUGUCGAGUGUCAAUCAUCCCUCCCACUGCACUUAACAGCAUCGACUCGGAUGGCUUCUGGAAGGCCACCUCGGCGUCGUGCACCAGUCCACUCCUGGUCCUGGUCAACUCCAAGAGCGGAGACAACCAGGGGGUGAAGUUCCUUCGCAAGUUCAAGCAGCUCCUCAACCCGGCUCAAGUCUUUGACCUGAUGAACGGAGGACCAGAGCUCGGCCUGCGCCUUUUCCAGAAGUUUGUGACGUUCCGUAUACUGGUGUGCGGAGGAGACGGCAGCGUGGGCUGGGUGCUCUCAGAGCUGGAUAAACUCAACCUCCAUAAACAGUGCCAGCUUGGUGUGCUGCCUCUGGGCACAGGUAAUGACCUGGCUCGUGUCCUGGGCUGGGGAGGCCUCUGUGACGAUGACGCUCAGCUGCUGCAGAUCCUGGAGAAGCUGGAGAGAGCCACCACUAAAAUGCUGGACCGAUGGAGUGUGAUGACGUACGAGGUGCCCACCACCACUAAACGCACACCGAUCGUGAAAGAAGACGACAGCCUAGACUCUCCUCUGCAGGUCCACAUCACUCAGUAUGCAGACUCCGUGGCCUCCCACCUCGCCAAGAUCCUGGAUUCGGACAAACACAGUGAUGUAAUUUCUUCAGCCAAGUUUCUGUGUGGGACGGUGAAUGAUUUUGUGGCGGAGGUGGGGAAGGCGUACGAGAGAGCCACGGAGAACAAGGAGGAGGCAGAUGCGAUGGCAAAGAAGUGUGCAUUGCUGAACGAGAAACUCGAUUCCCUCGUGAAGGCCUUAAGUGAGGAGGCGGAGGCCCAGGUGGUGCCAGCGGGUUCGGUGCCAAGCCAGGAGAGUGGCAGCUCGAGUCCCGGUGAAAGUGGCGGCGAGUCCGGUUCAGAGGGUAAAACAUACCGGUCCAAGGAGCAGCUGAUGCUCAGAGCCAACAGCCUGAAGAAAGCCCUCAGACAGAUCAUUGAACAGGCUGAGAAAGUGGUGGAUGAGCAGAACCGACACACGCAGGUCCAGAGGAUGUCGUCCUCGUCCUCCAUCAAAAGAGAAAACAGCGAGGAGCUGAAGGAUGCUGAGCCACGUCAAGUAAGCUUAAGUCCCACCUCCCCCAUUGUCCUUGAGAAACCGGAGAGCCUCAACACCGUCACCUUCAGCGAAGAGUCUGUACAAUGUUCAGAGAAGUGUGUGAUGAACAACUACUUUGGCAUCGGCCUGGACGCCAAGAUUUCCCUCGAAUUCAACAACAAGAGAGACGAGCACCCUAAAAAAUGCAGCAGUCGCACCAAGAACAUGAUGUGGUACGGAGUGCUGGGGACUAAAGAGCUGGUCCAGAAAACGUACAAGAACCUGGAGCAGCGAGUUCAGCUCGAGUGUGAUGGCGUUCCCAUGUCUCUGCCGAGUCUGCAGGGCUUGGCUGUGCUCAACAUCCCCAGCUAUGCAGGCGGUAUAAACUUCUGGGGAGGCACCAAGGAGGAUAACAACUUCGGCGCUCCGUCGUUUGACGAUAAGAAGCUGGAGGUGGUGGCGGUGUUUGGCAGCAUGCAGAUGGCCAUGUCCAGAGUCAUCAACCUGCAGCACCACCGCAUCGCACAGUGCCGCCAGGUCAAGAUCACCAUCCUCGGGGAGGAGGGCGUCCCUGUGCAGGUGGACGGAGAGGCCUGGAUCCAACCGCCCGGCAUCGUCAAGAUCACCCACAAGAACCGAGCGCAGAUGCUCACCAGAGACCGAGCGUUUGAGAGUACGCUCAAGUCCUGGGAGGACAAGAGGAAGAUCGACAGCUACCGCGCCAGCAGGCCUCGCCUUAACUCCCAGCAGUCCAUGGAGUACCUGACCGAGGAGGAGUGCGCUCAGGUUCAGCAGCUGGGCAUCGUGGCCGACACGCUCAUCAACAAGAUCCGAGAGGCGGCCAAGACCCACAAGCUGGUGGAGCAAGAGUUGGCCCACGCCGUCAACGCCACCGCCCUGGUGCUCACUGAGGCCAAACUGUCCAGCCCCGAGUGUCUUAGUCGCAGCACGGCGGUGGAAAUUGUCAACAGCAGCAAAGUUCUCCAGGCUGAAACCAGGAUGCUGCUCGAUGGAAAACUACUGUCGGAUUCUCCAGAGGAAGAGGAGCUUCGGACGACUCUCAACAGCCUCAGCGCUGAGCUCCACAAGCUGGACGACAUCCACUGGAUCUGUCCGCUCAUGCAGUGUUCAGAGGAGGAGUCGGUGAGAGGCAGCAGUAAGAGCAGCAGCAGCAUGAAGCUGAAGAUCAUCCCCAAGGUGAAGAAGGAGAGAGAGAAGCUCCACAAGCAGAAGUCCAACAGCUCCCUCUCAGGAACUUGGGAUAUCAGAAGUGGACCCAGCGAGGCCGAUUCUUCGGGCAACUGAAGUCCUUGCACGAGGUGCUUUUAUUACUGCCCCCCCCAGUUACCGUGACAACCAGGGGUGUGAGGUUGCACCCCUACCCUCCACUUCCUGUUCUCCCACCCUCUUAAUUGCGAUACCCAGUGGCCUGACGAGAGGUGUGAGGAAGAAAAGGAUCUUCCCAAACAACUUUUUAUGCUACCUCCUCCCUGCUUCACUUCUUUACCGUCCAUUUCUUUUCUUUUCUUUUUUUGCAGGGAGGAUUUUGUUUGUUUUUUUUCUUCUAUUUUGACUUUUUAAUUUAUCGUUUUAACGUUAAGAGGCCUGGCUUUGCAUCGCUGCAUCGCUUUCACCGUUGGCUUUUGGUUUUUUUCCGUUUACCUGCUUCGACGUGAGAGAACAAAAAAGGGACGAACUGAAACGUCAAAGCGUCGUGUUUACGUGGUGCUCUGCCUUUGCAUGUCGAGCACAGCCAUCUAUAAGUUGUUACUAUCUUUUAAUUCUCUCUCUCUCUCUCUCUCUUACUUAAAACUUAUUAUAGCCUUUUUAGAUUUAUUUUGUUUUUGGUCGACUUUCAAAGAGUAUUUAUUUGUUGUUGCUACUGCCAUGAGAACUCGAAAAAAUGGCAACAAAUCAACAAAAAUGAACAAACUGAAACAUCUCAACCUUCUCGUCUACUGAACUAAAUGUUGCAAAAAAAAGAAUAAUAAUAAUGUACCGAGGAAUGUACUUGUGUGGAUAUGUAUUAAUCUGUGAAUAACGAUAAUGUUAAAAUUAUAUAUAUACAUAUAUAUAUAUAAGAUUUCACAAAGGUUCUACUGUCGUGGUUCUAAAGUGGUUCUUAAUAGGCUGUCGUCGUCUGACUUGUGUGAACCGAGGCUGCAAAAAAAUGUUAAAAAAGAAAAAACGAUGAGCCAUUUCAUCUGGAUUCAGCCUCAUGACGAGAUCUUGACAAGUACGGUACGUCACUCAGUUAUUACCAAGGUCUAAAGUGUGUUUUUUAAUGUGGGGAGAACCAUUUUUAGGUACAGUACCAGAUGAAAUGACUCAGUGAGUGUACGGUGGAGGUGUUUACAGAAGGAGGAAGCAUCAAGGACGCAUUAACGGAAACUUAGUAUACUACUUUGCCAUACUCCUGAUUGUAUAUGUAAUAUAAGAAUAAGAGUCAGUGGAUAUUUUAUUUUGCCUUGUCCGUGGUUAAGAGCUUUUAUCAUUAUUAUUAUUAUUACAAAUAGAUAUUUUUUUGUUAUCCUAUUUUCCCGAUGGUAAUCUGUGAAGCUGUCCAAGCUUUGCUGCUUCCCCCCUUUGACAAACUCCUUGGCCACUGUGCAUAUAAUAAUCGAAGCUGUUUCGUGUGUCCCUGCAUGCAAACUUAGCCUUCCUUCGCCUCACAGUUCGGCUGAAGUUGCCUCAAUAAUGGUGAAUUUUAUUUAAUAUUUUUUUAGCCUGUUUGUUCCAGACCAGCAGCACUUUCGAAGUUUGCUUUAAGCCUGACGGUUUCACUGCGAGAUGAAGACUUGAAAUGUCUUAAAUACUGUGCUGUUCAAACGUCGAGAGAGGUUAGAAACGAAACACCAAGAUUUAAUGUAUCUGAUUAUUAAUGAUCUUGGAGACGAGUGCUGCUUGUUUGGAAACGGCCAAAAAAAAAAAAAGUGUUCUGGAGGCAACUUCCACCUGGGUUUUUUUUACGGUAAUGUUCUUGAAAAGAAAUGGUCAGACAUUUUUUGGGGGGUGAAAUUUUGCUUAUUUGCUGCAUUAUCCUGCAAGAUUGACAGGAAAUGUGAUAUUUUUCAUCUCUGUGCACUCAGUAAAGAUGUUUAGCAAAAAAAAAGGACGAAAUCCUCAAUAUCUAACUUAUUAAGCAACAUUUUCUUUUACUAAUGAUGUUAAAUAUACAGUAGAUAAAAGACAACUUUGUAACUGUUAGAGCUUUGAGGUAGGCCCAACAGCUUUGUCAUACAACAUGGUUCACUACUGGCUAAGUUUGCUAUGACAAAGUUAUUGUUCAAUAUUUUCUUUUACUCAACGUGUAAAAUAUACAAUAGAUAAAAGACGUAGUAAAGUUGGCUUUCUCAGAACUAUUUUGUAUGACAAAAUUAAGGAAAAAAACAAAUAUUGUUAAACAUUUUCUUUUACUAAGUGUUUUAAGUAUACAGUAGAUAAAAGAUAAGUUUGUCAUAAGAAAGGAUAAACAAAGCUAUCUCCAUACUGAAUGGACAGAGAUGAAGUUUAUGCAGAACUUUUCUUCCGAUACUCUAUAAAACAGCAAAAAAGUAAAAUUUUAAUAGUCAGGAUGUAAAAAAAAAGAUUAAGAUUAAACCUGAGUUAAAUAUUAGCUACAAACUGAAACGUAGUGCGUGAAGGUACUAUGAAGAACCACAGGAACGUAUUUCUUUUCUUAACUAAAGUUGAUUUGCUGCGAUAAAACUAUUUUAAAAAAAAGGGAGAAAACAUUAAAAUACUUUGACUCAGGUCUGAUCAAGAAGGACAAAGUCACGAGCUGUGAGCUUUUCCCCACCAUUCACAUAAAGGGUUGAUUUUCUCAGUUAUUUACACGUUUUAUUGUACCAACCCUUGAUCGGGCGGAGUUUUUACUGUGAGGCGUCGUAGAUGUUCAGCUCUGGUAGGAUUGUGCUACUGUAUUCAUAGUGUGCCAGCUAUACGCUCUACACCUUAGAGGCUUUAGUGGUGUUGUGCCAAGUUUGUACCGAGUUCAGUGGGUUACGAGACAUACAAAGCGUGCGUGAGAGCGUGCGAGCUUCAGACGCGAAAGUUGUUGUAUGUCGUACAUUUCAAAGUUUACUGUAUCUUGCCUUUGCACUUUACGAAGACGCAAACUUAACGGGAGGGGGGAAGAAGACAUUUGUGUGCAUGUGUGCGGCGUGUGUGCGUGUGUUUAAAGAUUUCGAGUGUUUUACGAGUGUUUUUUUAAAUUGAUUUGAUGACAGAUCUUUUAUUUAUGAUAAAUGUAUACGGACAAAAAAAGUGUGUUGAUAAAAUGUAAUAUAUCUAACCAAACGUUAAAAAAAAAAGAUAAAUAUAUAAAGAUGUAUACAGAAAUGUUUAUUACGUCAGUGGUUGUACGAUUUACUCCCACAGCAGCUUGAGAUUUCCCAUUUAAACGCCAAUGUUAUUACAUGUGAUCGUUCUACUGCCAUUGAAAUGUUGCACCAAUUGGUAUUGAAAUAGUAUUCUAAGAAAAAAAAGCCAAAGUUAUUGGAUUUCUCCAUUGUUAUUACAAUGAGUCGUUUACACACACACACAAAAAACGAACAGAUGUCAUUUCAGCCUAUAUUUUGCAGAUAUUUGGGUGAAUUUUUUUGUGUAUAGUUUUGAAAAUUGUAAAAAAGUCUUAUUGAGAGGAAAAAAAAAAAAAAACAAAAACAAAAAAACUACCUUGUGCUUUAAUUAGUGUGUUUUCACAUAUGUGGAAGCCAUUUCGGGAUUUUAAAAGAGAACUAGUUGCCUAUGUUUAAUGGUCUUUCAACCAAGGAUUUCGUAGAUUUUGUUUGUUUGUUUGUUUUUAAGUGUCAUAAUUUAUCUUUUUUUUGGUUGUUGUUAGAAUUUUUUGUCUUUUUUUUUCAAACAGCAAAUUUUCUUUAUUUUUUUUUUUUGACUGAAACUCUUCCAAGGAGUUAAAACGGAGCUGAGAAGAAAAAAAAAAAAAAAAAAACGACUGCUGAUGAACUGCUGAUAUUGAACACCCCACCAUGUUUGUGCAACAGUAUUUCCAUUGACAACAUUUGUGAACGCACCCCCCCUCUCUCCUCUUUAUGAUCUGAACAGCCUAUAUUAUUGAGACUGUGUGCGCCAAUGCUGGAAGCCAGACUAGAUGUUGCACGACCUUGUACGUCGCGAGGUGUUUCUAUUGUGUUAUCGUGUGCAGUGUGUAACAAAGACAAAGUCAGCGCAAAACAUUUGGAGAUUAAAUGAAUUAUUGAAGUGU